CACAGUGCCCCGCGGCAGCGGCGCCGCGCCCGGUGGAUGGCGGUGGCGCAGAGCAUGGGUCCGGGGCGGGUGUGUCCCGAGGAGCUGGGGCCGCCGGAGGCCCCCGAUGGCGCGGCGGGCUGGAGCGGUGAUGAGGAAGAGGAGGAGGAGGAAGGCGGCGGCAGCGGGUACUUGUACCAGCCGCUGAGCCAGGAGCCGGAGCAGGGCCCCGGUGAGGCGGGCCUCCUCGCCGGCCCGGAGGGCUGCGCUGAGGCGGGCCCCGGCCUGCAGGAGCGGCUGCAGAUACUGAGGCUGCACCUGCCUGACCCGCCGGCGGACAGUGAGGAGGAGGAGGAGGAGGCGGAGGCGGCGGCGGAGGAAGGUGCCAGGGCUCAGAGCAGCCGCAGCUCCAUCCCCAUGGAUGCAGAGCAUGUGGAGCUGGUGAAGAAGACAAUGGCCAGUGUGAGGCUUCCUGCCCUGGGCAUCCCUGCCUGGGCCAGCCAGAUCUCAGAGGACCAGUGGAAGGAUGUGGUGCAGCGCACACUGCAGGCCCGGCAGAGCCUCACCGGUCCUGGGCCUGAGUGGAAGUGAGGGCCGAGCUGCAUGGGGGGGACUGCUGACACCAGUCCUCUCUCUGCUGUGCAGAUGAGGCAGGCACCCGCUGCCUUAGAGGUGGGUGGUGAUGGGACUUGCCAGCAUCAACCUUCCAGUUUCUCUCACUGACAUUGCCUGACUUCCCCUCCUGCUCCUCUUUCCUGGUUCUGGCUGGCAUGUAAGUUCCUGUGAUGUCCAUGUGUUGGCUUCCUGUGGCUCCAAGGAGCCUGACAUGUAUGCACGUGGAGGGAAGGGGCCUGACCAGCUUUGCCCAGAUUCCCUUGGGACAAACACUGGAUUUGUCCGCAUGCUGUCAGUGCUGGAGAAGUCCCUCUCCAUGCUAGGGCCCCACUUCCCAGGACAGGGGCUGUGUGCUGGAAUAUCAGAGGUGGAGUCCAACGUGUCUUUCCAAGAGAUCGGUUUUAUUUAGUUCUGUACAUACAGGGACAUCUGUACAAAAUCAAACACUUUCGUACUAUGUAAUGCUCUACUGAAAAUAAAGUACACCAUAUGUACAUAUGAA